AUGAUGGACGACUUUUUACAGAAAUCAACAUCUGGAACAUCGUCAUUGUUCCAAUUGCCACAUGAGUUUGCAACGGGCAUUCAAUCAUUGUCUGAUCACUCCUCGUUGUUGUUCUCAAACAAUAAUGGUUCGGGAGGUGGUGACUCUGCACUCAAGAGUGAUCUAUCACUCUCUCAAAUACUCAAUCUAAAUAAUUAUGGCGGAGGCGGUCCGAGUCUUGGCCUCUCGCAACAGCUCGCCUCCAACCUCACCAACAACACGUUGACGACGCCAGGCGGACUGAUGCCUGACUACGACACACUGGUCAAUCAGAUCAACACGAGCAACAAUAUGAUACCAUUUGGUACGACGCCUACCGACCUUGGCUUCAUCCACAACAUCAUCCAACAGCAACAGGAGCAGUUCAAGAAGAAGCUUGGCGACCAGGCUCCCUUGAUGACCGAGAGCCACAUCCAAUACCUCUUCCUUCAAGAACAACAACACAUGUUCAAGCAUGUAGUUGAGGCUGGAGGCAUCAUCGCGCCACCCAAUGUCCUAUUUGGUGUCCAAGAUCAACCUCAACAACAAACGAGUCAACAGCAGCCACAGCAACAGCAGCAGCAACAACAACAACAUCAACGAUCACCUCAAGAAUCAUAUGCUCCAGUCAAACCAUUCCAAUUCUAUCAACAUUCGUCAUCGUCGUCGUCAUCACCUGUGGCCAACAAUGGCCAGGAUCUCCAAGUACUGCCCAUGCCAUCUGAUCUUGACGACUCAAUCCACUCUGAUGAGCCCGUCAUAUUCAAGCGUCAACGCUUGACAAUUGACGACUUUCCAGUGAUCCAGACACAACCAGUGCCACAACAUCAAAUGUCUGCUGCACAAGAGCACACCCAACAACAACAACAACAACAGCAACAACAGCAACAACAACAAACAUCACUCUUCCAUCAUAUACAACAACAACAACAGUUGCAGCAAAGACAGAUACAGCAGCAACUGCAACAACAACAAUGUAUAAAGAAUCAGUACAGCGAUGACGAUCCAAGGAAGUGCAAGUCCAAUCAGAACACGGCCAGCAAGAACUAUCGCCAGCGCAAGAAGGAUCACAUAUCAGAGGUGGAGCUCAAGGUCAAGCAGCUGUCGCUCGAGAACGACCGACUGCGCCACGAGAACCUGAUGCUGAAGAAGGGCGACCUCACGGACCUGAUGCGACCCGAGCCCACGUUCAACGAGGUGUUGAACGAGGUCAGGCAACUGCUGGAGCAGCUGCGGAUCGCUGUCAUCAGCAACGAUGAUGCCUCCAUCGAGUACCUACUCCAGCUCUACUACUUCUCCACUCAACUGAGAUCAACAGUCAUUGAGCGCGAAGUCGAGAAGAUUGUACAUCCAUAUACUCAGGCACGUCUGGCGAUUAUGGGAUAUAGAUCAUCAUCAGAGACAUCAAUCAUUUGUGGAAGACCAAUGGCUUCGGCUGGAUGGUGGCCAAGCUUCAUGGAAGAGGUUUGCAUGAGCGAGCAGCAAAGACAAGCCUCAGAGAUUCUGUGGAGCGAUCACUUGAAGAUCCAUAACGAAUUGCGUGAGGAGCGCGAUAAGUUGGAUCGUGAGAUCAAGGACCUCUUCCUGCACAAGCUUGUCAUCUGUGGCAUUGUGGACACACGUGCCUACCCUCGCACACCAAUCACACCCAACAGCGACAUACUUGGCGCGAUUGGCCAGUCGGCGGCGCUGUCUGUUGCGCGUCCCGACCAUUUUACCAAUCCACCAUACGCCAUACCCUCGCAUCAGCCCAAGGAGGAGGCCGAGCGUCCCUGUCACUACGACGAGAAGGGCAACAUCCCAAUCUCUGAGUUGCUGGACCUCACACGCAAGCUGGAGCAACUCAAGAAGAACUUUGUAAAGCACAGGAACCUGAUCUGCGACACGGACCUCGUUCUGUCCACCAUCCUGACGCCGGUGCAGCACGCCAAGCUCAUCCUACGCAUCAACAGUCUGACCUGCUACGAUACGGGAAUCGUCGACACCAUCACCAAGGUGUGGGGCACCAUCCACAACACCAAGACGGACGGCCGCACAUUCAUCCAGUCGAUGCUGCCCGACGAGGAAGGCAAGUCCGAGUUCCUCGACUCGUUCCACAGCCGAACCAAGCCGCUGUCGGCCGGCUACGGUCCCAUCCCCAUCGUCCAGCUCGAGAACCUGCUGUCCACGUACGAGCAUCUCUACCAGAGCAUUUACAACAUACCACCACCAGCACAACUACCCCAACUGCCGUCGCCACACAACGGCAGCACCAAUAGCAGUUGCUCUUCAGAUUCAAUGGCACCUGCUAAUAACAACAAGCUCAAUCAACAACUUAGCUCCCCUUCACAAUUCUCUCUUUCCUCUCCUACCCCUCACUCACCCUCCUCUCCCACGCCACCCUUGAGCGCUACUGCUGGCGGCCAACAGGAUUGUCAAUCAUCAAGCAACAACACCAACUCAUGUUCAAGGUCAACAUCGUCCCCUUUCCAACAACAACAACAUCAUGAUAUGUGUAACAAUGUAGUACCACAACAACGACAACAUUAUCCACAGCAACAGCAGACACAGACUCAGACACAGACGACACAGACUCAUACAUCAAGUCCAUCACCUCCAGGAGGUAUAUCAAUUGGUAACUCCCCACCCUCGUCUGUGCCAUCCACCAGCUCACCACUGACUGUUCCUCAGUUUGAUGUUUGUGUGCCUCCACUUCCAGCAACAGCAGCAGACCAAGCCUCCACCAAUAACAAUAGUUCGCAACCAUCACAUCAGCAGCGCAACAACAACCACCCAAGUGGCAGUAAACCCAAGAAGUUCCAAUGGUACAGUUAUGUUGCCAAGACAACGCCACAAGCCAAUACGUAG